ACGAGCCUGACUGACGUGAAUGGAUAACUGAGACGGAAAAUUUUACCGCGUCCGAGUCCUGCAAAGUGAUUAACAUAUUGGGUGAUUGAUCCGUAUUCUUCAACUGUUCUUGUUCACCCAGUUAACGAUUCAGUUAUCUUGAAGACGUAGAUCUAACAUGCAAUGUUUAUUUAGAGUGUAAUGUGUCUACCGAGUGUAUGAGUGAAAUCCGGGGCCAAGACUUGGCUAACACUUUCGGACGAUGUGGUGCUAACUGACGGAAUUUUGACGCAUCAGCUGGAAAAUAGCUUCGAAACGCCAUCAUGUAUAUAGGCCUAUCUCUAAUCUGCCUCAUCCUCGCCUUCCUGCACCCGAUGCGAUCUUCCAGUGCCCACGUGAAAGCAUCGGCGUCUAAAGGUGCUAACAGCGACAUGGCUCAUCUAGACAAGGAAGGCAUCCUAGAUUUUCUUGACAAGAUCUCGGAUGACCUGAACCGUCUAGUCGUCGUCCUGGAAAGCCUACCUACUACCAGCACGACCACUGAUCCGAAUACGAUAUCCCUGGGCCCUGUCACCGCUACUUCUCCAGACGGUUACACUCCCUUGACCCCUUCUGGAAAUAGUACGACCACCUCAACCACGACCUCUCCUGGUUUAAUCACGAACUCCACUACCUUUCCUAACAGUAACGCGACUAUCACAUUGUCACCUGAAUUGAAUGUAACAACUACGACCUCUCCUGAAGGUAAUAUGACCGCAACGUCCUCUCCUGUAGGCAACAUGACCACAACGACAUCUGAAGGAAAUACGACCUCCCCUGAAGGCAACAUGACCACAACGACAUCUCCUGAAGGAAAUACGACCUCCCCUGAAGGCAACAUGACCACAACGGCCUCUCCUGAAGGCAACACGACUACGACGACCUCUCCUGAAGGCAACACGACCACGACGACUUCUGAAGGCAACAUGACCACAACGACAUCACCUGAGGGCAAAUACGACUUCCCUCAAAGCAACACGACAGACGACGACCUCUCCCUGAAAGCAACACGACGACGACGACCUCCCCUGAAAGCAACACGACGACGACCUCUCCUGAAGGUAACAUGACCACGACGACCUCUCCUGAAGGUAACAUGACCACGACGACCUACCCUGAAGGCAACACGACCACGACGACCUCUCCUGAAGGCCGACACAACACGACCUCUCCUGAAGGUA